AUGGGUCCUCUUUUCGACAUCCGAGAAAAUGCAGGUGGCAUUCUUGGAUCAAUAUGGGCUUUGGUCCCGGUCCCCGAUGACACUUCCACUGAAUUUCAAAUUACCUUGUCCUGGGACCUGUCAAACUCCCCUUCGGGGACUAGAGGAGUCUGGACUUUGGGCGAAGGGCCUCAGCCUGUCACUAUCAACGGAACCACAGACGAUCUCCUGAGUACGUUUUUUGCUGUCGGACCCAUCCUCUCAAGCUCCCCUGUAUCAGAAGAUAGCCAGUUCAACAUGUACUGGCUUGAGCAGCCACAUUUCAACGUAACCUAUCUCGCCUCAUUCAUCAAAGAUUUCUACGAUUACUCGGCAAAGUUCUGGCAAGAUGACGGCAUCAAGCCUUACAAGGUCUUCAUUCAAUACAAUGAGAACGUCGGAACAGGAGGUACAGCUCUUUACAACUCCUUCACGUUCGGGUGGCACGAUCGGAACAAAACCACCACCAAUGACACUGAGCUACUUCUCGCUCAUGAGAUCACCCAUAACUGGCUUUACAUAUACAAUGGUAAUCUUUCCGACCAAACCCGAUAUUGGGAGGGCACUGCCGAGUUUUACUCACUUCGCAACCUGUGGCGCGCGGGGCUGCUCAGCACGUUGGAGUACGUGACGGCAAUGAACACCAAGGCGAUUGCCUACUACCAAAACCCGUCAAUCAACUUGACCGACCAAGAGGCGGUGGAUCACUCGUGGACUGUAUCAACGGCACAAACCGUUCCCUACGGCCGCGGUCUCAUCUACUUGGCCAAUGUUGACGCUGAGGUGCGCGCUCGCUGGAAUAAUACUCGGAGUUUGGACGACGUAGUUGUCGAGUUGAUGAACCUCUGUCGAUUUGAUGACUCCUCCUGUACAACAGACGCCUACUUUGAUCUUCUCACCAAGUAUGCUGGCUCAUCAGCCGUUGAUGAGUACAAAAUUGUGGCGUCAGGCGACCCGAUAAUUUGUCCAACAGAGGGAAGCCUUGGUCCUUGCUUCGAAGUGGUCCAGUCUUAUACCAAUGCUACAGUAUGGAAAUGGCAGUUAAGAGAUGGAUUUAAUCUCGACGACGACAAGUGCCGAUUGUAG